CUAUAGGAGUUGCAUCAGUUGAUUUCCCUCUACAGGUGGCAUUUGUUGUGUUUGUCUUGUUUUGCUAUUUUGAGUAUGGUUCCCUAUGGGAGAAUGAAAUUUCUACAUGGAAUUUGUAUAAUUUUUUGCUUUAUCGUAUCAAGCAACAAGAUUUUGUGGUAGAUCCGCUACUAGAAAACGGUCAUUAUGCAAGCUUUUUAGAAUAUUUUAAAAAUGAAUAUAGUAAUGAAGGAGAUUUUCUUCUAAAGCAAUAUAAG